UCUAGGUCGUUUGGGAAACGCCUUGGAGAGUCAAGAAUAAAAUUGCAGGUCAAACAAUGGAUGACUGGAAAAGUCGGCUUGUAAUCGAGAGCAUGCUUCCCCAUUUCAACAUGGUGGGAAAUCGUCAGGAGCCCAGAAAGCUCCAGGAAUCGGGAACCAGUAAGAGAAGACAGGAAGGAGACAACUUCCACUUCGCAAGCAUGGCUGGUGGGAGCUACCCUAAUAAAAUCAAGAGACCUUGCCUUGAAGAUGUCACCCUCUCUAUGGGCCCAGGUGCCCACCCUACUUCUCUUUCUACAGAGCUGCAGAUACCCACAUUAACCAUGAAUCCUAGCUCUGCAGAUCUGGGAGUGGCUGGCCAGUCAUUACUCCUUGAGAAUAAUCCUCUAGACAAUAAUUCUGUGAAUAGCAGUGCUAUGGGCUCACCAUUUGGGGUAUCAUCAACUGCAGACACAGGGCUAAAAGGGCAUGCUGUUCCUUACUAUGAGAAAAACAAUAGUAUACCAGCUGUAGACCAGGAGCUUCAAGAUCUGCUAGAGGAACUAACUAAAAUUCAAGAGCCUUCUUCAAAUGAUCUUGACCUUGAGAAGAUUCUGGGGAGCAAGCCAGAAGAACCUCUAGUUUUACAUCACCCCCAGGCCCCCCUUGGCCCUCCUGCCAAGCCUCCAGUUCAGAUACCACAUAUGGAGAACCUUGGAUCCAGCAAGGAGUAUGCAUCUAGCUGCAGUCAAGUCACUGGCACAUCUCUACCAAUCUUGCCCUCCUCCACAGGGAUCAGCUAUUCCAUUCCUCCCACCAGUAAGCAGAUAGUCUCACCCAGUUCUUCAACGGCACAGGCUCAGGUAAAAAACCAGGUCCAGACCAUGCUCCCCGUCACUUUGCCUCCAUUAUCUGUGCCUCAGUGGCAUCAUGCCCACCAGCUGAAAGCUCUUGCAGCCAGUAAGCAGGGAUCUGCUACAAAACAACAAGGUUCCAACCGCAGCUGGUCCAGUCUGCCUCCUCCAGUUCUGUCCCCACCUUACCUCCCGGUGCCAUCGCCUCAUCCACCACCACCACAGCCACCACCACCACCUUUCAGCCCACAGAACUUCACAGCAUCCUGCAUGUCAUCCAAUAGCUUGUCUGGCAGUUCUGUGCAAAGCUCGCCCAAUGCCUUACUCUCCAGCAUGGCCCCCAGCAGCAAUGCUGCCCUUGGGCCCACCUUGCCCUAUGCUCCAGCGAAGCUCACAGGUCUCCCUCACAAUCAGCAGCCACAAUUCAGCCCCCAGAGCUCCAUUCUUGCCAAUCUGGUGUCCUCUACUGUCAAAAGCCCCCAGGGACACCUAAUAUCUGCUCUGCCUACCAGCACCCCAGGGCCAUCCCCACCCUACCGCCCCGAGAAUCUCUCCAGCCCCGGCUUGCCACAGCAGUCCUUCACUCCUCAGUACUCUCUGAUCAGGAGCCUCACUCCAACCAGCAAUCUGCUAAGCCAGCAGCAACAGCAGCAGCAGCAACAGCAGCAGCAGCAACAGCAACAGCAACAGCAGCAGCAGCAAGCAAAUUCAAUCUUUAAGCCUAUGACCAGCAACCAGCAACCCAAAACCCUGAGCAUGAUCAUGCAGCAGGGCCUGGCAAGUUCCAGUCCAGAAGCACCUGAGCCCUUUACCUUCAGCAACACCAAGCCCUUGUCACAUUUUGUUUCUGAGCCAAGCCCCAAGAAGAUAGCCUCCAUGCCUGUCCCCUCCAGGCAGCCAUCCCUGCUCCACUACCUGCCUCAGGCAACACCAGCACAGGUUCCUUCUGCCACUGCCUCUUCUACUGCCACUGCCACCUUGCAGCUGCAGCAGCAGCAACAACAGCAGCAACAGCAGCAGCAAUCUGACCAGUCUACAUUCCUCCUGCAGCAAAUAAUGCAGCAACCCCAGCGCUUCCAGCGCAUGGUGGCCUCUGAUUCCAUGCCUGCUCUGCCUGGACAGGGCUGUUGCCAACGCUGUGCAUGGACUACUGCGGCUCUCUGGCUGGAGCACCAGCAUCAGCACUGGAACUCUCUCACUAGCACUCAUGGAUAUGUGCCACCAUCUAACCUUCAAGAGAAGCAGAGAUCAGGUCCUAUGGCAAUGACCCCUAAACGGCAGACUUUGUAUAUCACACAGCAGAUGACUCAAUUUCAAGCAGUACAAGAACAAGUCAUCUCCAAGUGUAACCAGACCAAGGCAAGACCCUCAUCCAACCAGCAUAUGAUGCCACCCAAAACUGAGUUCCUUCAGGACAAUCUGAUUUCAAGAAUAUUACCACCCACAAGUCACUUGGGUGUUUUCUCAUUAACUAUGAGGAAGCAGCAAGUCAACACUGGCCUCCCAUUUCCCAUCUCCUCAGGCUCAAGUCAGGAUCCCCUGAACAGUCCUGGCUUUGUCUAUCCCAAAGCCAAGGCCAUGCCCCCAGAAGUGCCCUGGCCUAAGCUCUGUAUCAACCCUCUGGGCAGCCAACCCUUGACUCAUCACCAACUCAGCCUCCCCAAUGUGCCAAUGAUGUCUCCAGUGUUCAGUAAUGCAGUCUGGGCAGUGGCAGCUGCAGCUGUAGCCACACCAGUUUCAAAGGAAUCACCCCUGAACCAAGUAGAUAAUAGCAUGCUGCAGCAUUUUGAUUGCAACUCCAUCAUUUUUGCCAAGGCACCCAUAAGUACACCCCCAAUAGCCCUGGCAUUUCCAUCUCAGCAGGCUGUGGUCCAAGCCAAUCAGAUGGCCCCAGGAGCCAGGCCUGGCCACAAGAUGCGUGCUGCUCUGGCCAGCCCCAGAUUCAGCUUAUUGGGCAAUCAGAGCCUUAUGCAGAGCCCAGCACAGGGGCCUGUGCUUGUACUGAGCACCAAGUCCCUCCAGCAGAGCAUGGCCAGCUGCUCUCCCAUGAGUCCUAUUCAGGGACUAGAGGCGCCAAACUAUGUAGCUGCUAUUGCUGCCACCAGCCAGUCCCCAGGUACAUUGAUCAGAACUGGCACAACCCCUGAGCCACAGGACAAUGUCUUGCCUCAGGCCCAGUCCCGAACAGAUAGUCUGAUUUCACCAUCAUCUGCAGGCAGUGAGGUGGAUUUCAUGGACGAGCUUUUAGAAAGCUCCAGUGUGGCCCCAGAUGAAGACUGGGUGUGCAACUUGAGGCUGAUAGAUGACAUUUUGGAACAGCAUGCUGCUGCCCAAAAUGCCACAAUCCAGAAUGCUGUCCAAGUCACCCAGGGUGCUGAGGAACUAUAAAUCAAAGCAGGGUGCUCCAGAAAGCCUCAUGCUCUCACUCAAAGGAGUGGCCUAAAUCUGCAGCCAACAUGAAACUGGCCCCAGACACCCACACUAGGCUCCUAGUUACAAUUUGAAUCCUGUCAGCCCUGCCCGUCCCUUUAUCUACCUGAUGAAUAAAAAGCUGGUGAUUUUUGAAGCUACUUGUACAUAUUUGAAAAUUUUGUAAAUGGUUUUCCUAAUCAUAAAUGACAGAAGUAUUUAUACUUGGUUUUGUGGCUUUGUAAAUAAAGUGGCAGCUUUGGUUUCAAUAGAGUUGUGUUUAUUAUCCAUUGUUCCAAAUAUGCAGACUGUGUUGUUCACUCCAGUGACACCUUGUUAAACCAGGUGGCUGAGUCACUGAGGUUUUCAUGCCACGAGAGAUGUGGAUGUAACUAAGGGGUGUUGUGCAAACUGACAAAUGCCAAAUAGAAAGCCACUUGGUCAUUAAUUUCCAUUCCAUUACAAAUUGUACUACCCCGUGUGACUCUCUCUCGCAAGCCUUUAAGUCUCAGCUAGUUCUUCCCUAAUGAGCAUUUACAGCAAAAGUCAUGGUAUGAUUAAGUGUCCCACAGAGACACUCAUGGAAAGCCAAGAGCAUCCUUUAGGUUUGGUUGGGAAAGGUGCAGAAAUAGCCUUUGAGCUGAGCACUGUGAGAGCUGGCCACCUCGAGGAACUAGAGAGUUCCUUUCCCUUUGUCACCUAUGGUGACUUUCAGAUGCAGAGAAGGCCCCAGCUUUAAACAGCUUUGGUGCACCAUCACAGAGUGAUGCUUCAAAGUCUGCUUUAAACCAUUUGACACUCAUUUUGAUGUAAAUCUCUGUGGUUUUGGAGGAAAGUCUGUAAACAUUAAUAGUUGAUUUGGGGUUUGUCUUUAAUGGUUUCUAUUUGCAAUUCUUGUCAUGUAUAUUUAAGUGUCUGUUAGAGAAAAUCCACAGCCACUGUCUUGUAAACUUUUCUCAGUGUCCAGAUUUUAUGUAAUCACAUUUUAAUUGCCACCUUAUAUUUUGAUUCUACAUUUGAAAUCUGGCAUCUGUUUUGGGCCAGUGUGGUGUUUUGUUUUUGUUUUUUUGUUUUGUUUUGUUUUGUUUUGUUUUGUUGUUGUUAUUUUGGUUUUUUCCCCUUUGUUCUGUAAUAAACAGCCAAGAGAAAAGUG